AUGGUGGGAGGUGGAAAUAGAAGGGACGAGGGGUCUUUUACUGUGAGCAACACCAAUGUCUUUGCAGCUCUCGAUAGUCUGAGGAAGAAGAAGAAGUCUGACAAAGAGAAGGGCUUGUCUAAGGGAGGUAAGGGCACGUCGAAAGAUUCGAAGGGGGCACCUCAGGCCGAGAAGCAGGUUUACUGGGCUCCGACGCCUUUGACAUCAAAGUCAUGGGCUGAUAUCGAUGAUGAAGAUGACGAUGAUUACUACGCGACAAAUGCUCCGCCACAGGUGAUAUGGGGUGCUUCUGGUUCGAGCAAAGCUGAAGAGACUCAGAAACAUGAUUCCAUAGAGGAAAGUGAAAGUGAAGAUGAUCUUCUCGAUGAAGGGGAUGAUGAUGUGGAUGACGAGCACGACCCAGAACCAGAGGCCGAAGAACAACCUCAGCCAGUAUUGAAAAAUCCUGUGGAAUCUUCUCCAGCACCUAAAGAGCCUGAGAGGCAGCUUUCCAAGAAGGAGAGGAAGAAAAAGGAGUUGGCCGAGCUAGAGGCUAUCCUAGCUGAUUUUGGAGUUAACCCGAAAGAGAAAGCUGGAGAUGACAGAUCUGAUUCUAAAGACAGAAAAGAGGGACAAACAAAUGGAGAUGCCGAGAAGGACAAUGUUGCUCCUGGUGAAUCAAAAAGCGCCAAGAAGAAGAAGAAGAAGGACAAGUCAUCCAAAGAGACAAAGGAGCCUCAAGACCAACCCAAUGAGCCCGACAAAAUCCCUGGAGCUGAACAUGCUGACGAGGAUUCAUCAACAGUUGAUGUCAAAGAGAAGCUCAAGAAAAUGGCGUCUGUUAAGAAGAAGAAAUCCGGUAAGGAAAUGGAUGCUGCAGCAAGAGCAGCUGCCGUGGAGGCUGCCGCCAGAAGUGCCAGGCUGGCAGCCGCCAAGAAGAAAGAGAAGAAUCAUUACAAUCAGCAGCCAAUACGAGCAGAGGACUUGUCAGCUUAUCUGGUCGAGUGUGUAAUCAACUCGUCUUCAUGUAAAGCGCAGCUGAAGGUCAAAGCCGAUGACCAGAGCACAACACAGGCUUUCUCGGACUUGUUUCAAUCGGCACUCUCUAAACUCACCAUGCCUUGA